GGCUUGGUAACCAAGUAGACUAGGGUUGAGUUACACCGGUUCCUGUCUCUCUCUUUCCCAAAUGCAGAUGACUCCUCUCCUCUUCAUUUAAUAUUUUCUAAAGCUAGAAACCCAUUUAUUUUUUGUUGAGUUUGAGGCCUCUGCAAGGGAAGCAAUCUACAACCAACUGAAAAGUACUUAAUCUUACAUUUGGAAUGUUCUGAAACAUUCUGGAACCUUUUGGAACCUUCUAGAACCUUGGAACCUUAUGAUCCCUGUGGACAUCUAGGAGCCACCCGAGGAACUGAAGCUAUUUUUUGCUUUUCUCUGACUAGUCUGUGGUCUCUACCUGUCUGUACUGGUCUUUGCUGGUCUGUACUGGUCUGAACUGGUCUGUAGUGGCCAGGAUGCGAGGGUUAGAGCUAAAGGCCCUCGGUGCAGCGUUGCUGGUCCUCGCAGUGGUGAGCACCUCUCACUGUAAGUCGGACUCUUCAGGUAGGUGUGUGUGUGUGAGUGUUUGUGUGUGUGUGUGUGUGUGUGGUCUAUCAUUUUAACUUCCUGACUCUCAACUUUGACCCCUCUGUUCUUCUUGGCCCCACUUCCAUUUAUAGUAUUGUUUCCUCCUUCCCUUGACUCCUUCCCUUGUCCCUAUUCUUCAUGACAUCUAAUCUGAAAUGACAGGAUAUGUGUAAGCAAAUGAAACAUAGGUAGUUUGGCGAACAAUGCUCAGACCCCCUAAAUGCCUAGGGUUUAGCUCAAUGCCUAGGGUUUAGCUCAAUGCCUAGGGUUCAAAUCAUCCCUGGGGUUUAAAUCAAUCCCUAGGGUAUAGCAAUUUUUUUGCCAUUUUGUCUUUUUCUGUGUUCCUCGCCCCAUCUACUAUUGGUUGUGUUUGUUGGAUGAGUAAAUUAUUUUGGACUAAAGAUUUUGUGACAAAAGUUCAAGUAAUCUUGAAUGAUGCCUUGAUUCCUGUUAUGAGGUUUGAUCUUGAAAGCAGAGAUCCUCCCUGAGCGUGUGUGUUAGUCUACCCUAGUAGAUUGAUUGACAACUGUCGCCUCCAAUAGACUGCUCCCAGGCUGAGUCAUGUGACCUGUGUGUUGGAGACUCCACCCUCAACCUGACUGGCUGUGUCUGGAGUGUCUGCGGGAACAGUGAGACACACACACACACACACAAACACACACACACAUUUAAUAGAAAUUGGAUCCCUUGCUGUAGGUAAGACAACCCUCCAGAUCUUUACCAGAUGAUUCAAUUAUUCAGUGUGUCAGGAUCUGACCUACGCACACGCACGCGUGCACGCGUACACACACACACACACACACACUCACACACACACUCACACACACCCCUUUCCUCCUCUCUCUCGUAGGUAAUGAUACUGGGUGUGUAUCUGAUCAGGAUGAUUCUCAGAACUGUAAUGUAACAAAUGACCCAGCCAUGUGCACAGGUGAGUAACACACACACGCACAGGCACACACACACACACACACACACACACACACACACACACACACACACACACACACACACACACACACACACACAUUCCAUAAAAUAGACAAUGUGAGUAAAAACUGUUAGAUAACAAUAACAUUGAUUACAUUUCUUUAUGUGUUUUCAGUCAUAGAGAUUGCGGCAGAAGGUGAAGGGGACUCAGGUGAGUUUGACCUCACCAUUCCUUCACUCCAUCCAUCCCUUAUUGAUCUCUCUAUUAUUACUCAUCCCUCCCCCCCUUUUCUCUUCCCAUAUAUCUCCCCCUGUCAGAUAAGUCUCCUCCAGAGCCGUCAGAGUUCUCCCAGGCCAGCUUUGACCUGUCCAGUUUCAUAGGAGGCAUCAUCCUGGUGCUGUGUGUCCAGGCUGGGGGAUUCUUCACUAUGCGCUUCCUCAAGAAAGAUGCCACCUACGACCCCAUGUGAGUGAGGGGGGAAGGGGGGGGGGGGGGGGGGGGGGGGGGGGAGGAGAGAGUGUGUGUGUUUGCACCAUAGUGACAUCUAGAGAGCUGAAGUAAUAUAUAAUAGGCUGAACAAUAAUCUCCCUCUCUCUCUCUCUCUCUCUCUCUCUCUCUCUCUCUCUCUCUCUCUCUCUCUCUCUCUCUCUUUCUCCCCUCCACAGAGAGCAGCCAGCCUAGAGGAGAGGAGAGAGAGAAGAGGAGGA